GAAUAAAUUUCAGCCUGUUCUGCAUCUCGCUACCCUGGUUUUUUUGGAGGCUAAGGAAUUUGUGAUAAUAAGCUUCGCCCCAAAUAUUAAUAGCACGCCGUUUCUCUAACCAGCUCGUCCUGGAGGCACCAGUCGGAAAAACUCAUUAUCCUCCGGGGAUCGACCACCGGCGUGCGGAUUUAUUCAUGUUUAUCCCACUGACAUCUUCCAUUGCGAGGUCAAACCUCAGACUCAGGGGACCAUAAGAGAAAUGGUUUGAUUUCACCAUGGGACCCCGGCGAACACACACCAAGUCCCGAACGGGGUGUCAGUCGUGCAAGUUACGCAAAGUAAAGUGCGAUGAGGCAAAGCCAAAUUGCCAGAACUGCAUUCGCCACGCAGUUGAGUGUAAUUACAAUGCUCCACCUACUGCUGCAAGCACUCCAACUCCGGGCACUCAUACUGGAUUUAGCCCCUUUGUUAGCGAGGCUGCCAGACUGAAUUCUGAUGCCAAUGCGCCGUCCAUGGGCAUGGCGGAAAUGGCCUUGCUGCAUCACUGGAGCACCUCAACUUGCUAUACGAUCUCACGGCACCCUGUCCUACAAACUGUUUGGCAAACUACCGUGCCCACAUUUGGCUUCUCCUACCAUUUUGUUUUCCGCGGGAUUCUGGCGUUGGCGGCGUUACAUCUAGCCCAUCUGAAACCCGAACUUCAGGACCAGUACGUCGAUGCGGCUGAAUUUCACCACAAUCUAGCCCUGCAGAUGGUCUCAGGCACCAUCCCUCAAAUCAAUGAGGAGAAUGGACCCGCGAUUUAUCUCUUUUCCACGAUCACUUGUAUCAUUGGCUGUGCUCUGCCUCGGAGACGUGAUGAUUUGUGGGUCAGUAACGAUCGAAUCUUUCAAUGGCUAUCGUUAUUUCGAGGUACGGUUUCCAUUAUUGCCUCUGUGAACGAAUCACUCAAAUCUGGUCCUCUUGCACCCAUGUUCACUUUGGGACGACGAAGAGGCCUUGCUUGGGAGGCCAGGUCAACCUCCAACCAGGCAUUCCUCGUCAACCUACGGCGACUCAUAGAAGAGGCAGUUGAGGACCCGACCGAGUUGAAGUGCUAUACGGAUGCCAUUGAUGAUCUGGGGAAAUCCUUUGCGACAAUUCUGGAGGUCGGUUCCCCGAAUUGCGAGACGGCGGAUAUUUUCAUCUGGCUACUCCGCAUUACAGACCGGUUCUUGAGCCAAUUACAACAGCGAACGCCGGAAGCUUUGGUGAUCUUUGGCUACUAUUGUGUUAUUCUCAAGGAACUUGAGUCGACUUGGUGGAUGCAAGGCUUCAGCAUCCACAUAAUUAAGGCGAUACAUCACCAUUUGGACGAGGAGCAUCGCUGCUGGCUGCAGUGGCCUAUGCAACAGCUCGGCUGGGUACCUUGAUCAAAUCUCUUCUCUUCUGGGAGAAGGUAUGGAUGAUCAAUCCACAAUUAUUUUCCUGCCCAUGCUGGUUCGCCAUUAUCCGAUAUCUUUAACUUUGAAAUGCGAAGAUAACCGAUCUCGACCAUUGGUCUGGACAGUUUGGACUCAGGGAUCCAGAAAUGAUCCCGUGGAAAGUUUGAGAAGCCGCCGUGGCAUUCUGCUCUGGGUCGUUGUGGCAUCUGUGGAGUGGCACGCAACCGGGCAGUUCAUUUUACAAUGUCAAACGCCUUUUAUGAGUGGCUGCUGCCGCCUUCUCAACUCGAUGAAGUCAGGGAUGACUGCCCAGGUUUGCAGCAGAAUUGGAGGCAUAGCUCAGGGCUCUCUGAUGACAAGUGAUUCGAUGCCUUCAGGGAUUAUAGGCCACUGGUCACCAUCACAACCCACCACCGCGGUUUGAAUAAUUUUUGAAGCUUUGCAGUUAUCAAGUAUCAAUGCUACGAAAGGUUCACACAGGGAAAAUACUCAAUAGUUAACUCUGAGGGAGAUCUAACUCAAGACAUGCAACGCCAUAUAAGAAGAGAUUUGAAAAUCCAUCGCAGACUCUCGAGUGAUCUACACUCCGUCAUUUCUGAACCAACAUAGCUUCGUAAGC